AUGGCGGCGAUCCGCGGCGUCCGGGCAGUUGCCGGGGCUCUUCUGCGCGCCCAGGGUCAUGGGGCCUGGAGGACCCUCAGUGCCUCCGCCGCCCCCCAGCAGACACUACGAAGCCAGACAGAGAAACAUGAAGGGCUGUUCAAGGUCACCAUGCUGCCUGGAGAUGGGGUUGGCCCAGAGCUCAUGCAUUCUGUCAAAGAGGUGUUCAAGGCUGCUGGCGUCCCUGUGGAGUUUGACGAGCACCACCUGAGCGAAGUGCAGAACAUGGCAUCAGAGGAAAAACUGGAUGAGGUUGUCGACUCUAUGAAGGAGAGUAAAGUGGCCAUUAUAGGAAAGAUCCACACUCCCAUGGAGUACAAAGGAGAACUGGCUUCCUAUGACAUGAGGCUCAGGCGCAAGUUAGACCUGUUCGCCAAUGUUGUCCAUGUGAACAGUUUACCUGGUUUUAAAACACGACACAACAACUUGGAUCUUGUGAUCAUCCGGGAGCAGACGGAGGGAGAGUACAGCUCUCUGGAACAUGAGAGCGUGAAGGGAGUCAUUGAGUGCCUGAAGAUCAUCACCCGGGACAAGUCGCAGCGCAUUGCCAAAUUCGCCUUUGACUAUGCCACCAAGAAAGGGCGUUCAAAGGUCACAGCAGUGCACAAAGCCAACAUCAUGAAGCUGGGGGAUGGGCUCUUCCUCCAAUGCUGUGAAGAGGUGGCAGAAUUGUAUCCCAAGAUCAAAUUUGACACCAUGAUAAUUGACAAUUGCUGUAUGCAGCUGGUGCAGAACCCCCACCAGUUCGAUGUCCUGGUCAUGCCAAACCUGUAUGGAAACAUCAUUGAUAACCUGGCUGCUGGCUUGGUGGGAGGCGCCGGCGUGGUUCCCGGGGAGAGUUACAGUGCCGAGUACGCGGUGUUUGAGAUGGGUGCCCGCCACCCCUUUGCCCAGGCCGUGGGCAGGAACAUUGCCAAUCCCACUGCCAUGCUGCUCUCCGCCGCCAACAUGCUGCGGCAUCUCAACUUGGAAUAUCACUCCAACGUGAUCUCCGAUGCGGUGAAGAGGGUGAUUAAAGUCGGUAAAGUGCGCACGGGAGACAUGGGUGGAUACGCCACGUCCAUUGACUUCACCCAGGCUGUGAUGGCAGCCCUGGCUGACUAGGCCCCGCAGAGGCUGUUGUUCCUCCAGCGCUCCUGCUUGCUAAUCCAGCUGCCUGGUAAUUUAUUGCCUUCAAGGGGGAGCAGCCCCCUGCACAGGCCUGUCUGUGUCACGCACAAUAAAGCAGCCUGCGGGCCACA